AUGGUAACUGCUUCUUUGGAUAGCAAGAAGGCAGUAGAUGUUAAUUUUCUGGAACUGAACAAAAAUCCAGUGGAAGGCUUUUCAGCAGGUUUAAUAGAUGAUAAUGACCUCUACCGAUGGGAAGUCCUUAUUAUUGGUCCUCCAGAUACCCUUUAUGAAGGUGGUGUUUUUAAGGCUCAUCUCACUUUCCCAAAGGAUUAUCCUCUCCGGCCACCUAAAAUGAAAUUUAUUACAGAAAUCUGGCAUCCAAAUGUUGAUAAAAAUGGUGAUGUUUGCAUUUCUAUUCUUCAUGAGCCUGGGGAGGAUAAAUAUGGUUAUGAGAAGCCAGAGGAACGCUGGCUCCCUAUCCACACUGUGGAAACCAUCAUGAUAAGUGUCAUUUCCAUGUUAGCAGACCCCAAUGGAGACUCACCUGCUAAUGUCGAUGCUGCGAAAGAAUGGAGGGAAGACAGAAAUGGAGAAUUUAAAAGGAAAGUUGCUCGCUGUGUAAGAAAAAGCCAAGAGACUGCUUUUGAGUGACAUUUAUUAAACAGCUAGUAACUUCACUUAUUUCAGGGUCUCCAAUUGAGAAACAUGGCACUGUUUUUCCUGCACUCUACCCACCUAUUGCUGGACUUCUGUUGUAACAAGUUGGCAAAUACUGGCUGGAACUGGGCUGCAAUAAAACAUGCCAGUUAUCAAUGCCGACAAGAGCCUAACAAGUGCCAACUUACAGAUGAUUACGCAUUUUGAAUUCUAAUGAACUGUUUUAACCUUCAGGAAGAAUUGUAAAGACCUGUACAUAGCACAACAUGAUCCGGAUAAUAUAUAUACUGUUCAUGUACAUCCACGAAUACACCUUGUACCAAAUAAUGCUUUCUUGUAGUAGAGUAAGAAUCGUGUAAAUUGUAAAAGAUUUUAGCAGGUUUUCUUUCCCUUUUCAUUGUUUCUUAUCAGUUUAAAGAGACUCUUUAAAGCAUGUCAGAUAAAAACAAUUAGGAUUAAAGUUUCCAUUUAAUUUUCUUUAAACAUUAAGGCUUCAUUAAACUUUUCACGUACCAAACUUUUGUAUCUUCUUUGUUUUGACACUCUUCACUUUUAUCUCUCUCUCUCUCUCUCUCUUCUUUCCUGCCAGGAAUUUCUCAGAUCAUUUUAUUCUAGUACUAAAAUUCUUACUAAGUACUUGAUUUUUCACGAUGACCUUGGAGGGCUGGUCAUCACUAGGUGCUUUGUCCUUUUUGUAUUCAGGUUGCACCAUCUCCUGGAUUGGAUGUAGCAAUAAAAUUUUCUGGCUGUUGAGAGUUCUUGACCCAACCUAGACAUUACCUGCAAGGACUAAAAAAAAAAAAGUGUUACUUCUCAGCUUAAUGUACUGAAAUUUAUUCCAAACCAUACAAAAUUCUGAUUUGCUUUUAUUAUUGCCCUUAAUUUACUUAUAUUAAGGUUGGACAAAUAAAGCAUGCACAGCUACAGGCUUUCUACUUGGAUUUGCUUUCUUUAGGAUUUGCUACUAAAAAUGCCAUCAGCCUGCAUACCCUUCCCCUUAAUCCUUCAUAUUUCUUUGCCGCUAUCCUACACUAGAAAUUUUUCUUCCCUGUUGUACAAAGAAAUUGCGAUGUAUAUUUUCAUGUAAUUUGAUUUUGGAAUUCUGUCACCUGUAGUGAGUUCUUCCAAAAUACAAUUUUUUCCAAUAAUUGUCAAGUUGUUGGCUUUUAUUGUAUUGAAUGAAGGUUAUAAUACUAAAUGCCAGAAAAGUGCAGUUUAGGGGGAAAAAAAAAAUCUCAGGUGGAUUCCUUAUGCAAACAAACUUAGUACUUGAAAAUCAUAUAGCCCUGGCAGAAUAUGUAUUAGGUUCUGUCUAGAUUCUUAAGAAAAUCCAAAAGCAUUAUAUGGGUAAAUGCUUUGCUAAUUGGCAUAUAGAUUCUGAACUGAUAUCAUGUACUUAGAUUUGAUUAAUGUUGGGGCAUAAGUUCUCAUAGUUUGGGGUUUUUGUUUUUGAUUUUUGAAACAAGUUCAACAAUUGGCAAAAAUGAGUAUAUGCAGAGUUAAAGGCAGACCUAUGUUCCUGUUUCUAAAUUUUUCUUAUUUGUAUGGUUGAGAAUGGAAAAUAGUGUUUGGCAUGUUUGGAUAGUACUUAAGAUUAUACUAUACAUAUGGGUGAGGUAUUUGUGAGAAUUGGCAUAUCUCUGGUUUGGAGAAAUGCUUUGGCAGAAGUGAAAGGAUUCUUGCAGAUAGCCCAGAUUAUGUUCUUUUUUGAGCAGAAGUAAAAUGUUGAGCAUGCAGUCACAGUAGAGUGAUUUUUCAAAAUCCUUGUCUGUUUCCUAUGCUCUGAAGCAUUGUAAAAACCCAGAUGUAUAGUGACUAUGAGAACUCCUUGAUUUGAUUUGUUGGAGCCUAACUUCCUUCAAGAACUUUUGACUUCCCUCCCAAAAAACGGUAAAAAUUAUUGCCCAGUUCUACUGCACAUCUACAAGGGACUUGGAAUGCAAUCCUUUUUAUUGUUGUAUCAGGAACUAUCCACAUUAUGGUUGCUUAGGCAAUAUGGAGUUAAGAAAUUUGCUCUCCUAUUGCUAUAAUUCUACUAGCAAUCCGUUGAGUUAAAACCUGGGAUUUAACUGCUCAGCAAGUAGCAAAUGAUCUAGUAACUCAGGGACAACUUUUCUGAACUUCAAGUGCCACUUUAAUGCAGUUACUUUGGGCUAACCAUAUGAUUCUACAUUGAAGGGGAUUAAAGAAGUGCCAGGAAUAAAUGCCUCUCUCCCCACCCUGUUUUACACCCGUUCCCCUGGCCAUGCUAUAAACUGAAAUUCAGGUCUUGGCAGACUUUAGAAUUUCCUUUCUUCUCUCAGAGAUGUCAUCUGUGCCUUUCCCAGUGAUCAUCUGACAAUGUGAAUUUAAAUGCCUGUACAUUUGAUAUGAAAUUCACGGUCAGGUGCCACUGAACCAGGUGGCUUUUGUCCCACCAGUGCCUCAUCAUUAGUGUGAGGUGAUUUUUUUUUUUCUUCUUUGCUUCAAGAAAAGGAUGUUUUUCUCCCUAACCUGGGACAACUAUUAAGUACAUCUCUUGUCCUUUGGGUUAUAGAACUGUUGGCUGUUUGCUAAGUUUAUUUCAAGUUCUUGUAGAGGCUUACACAUUUAAGUCUGUUUAUAAUAGGAGGGAUAGGUGAUCGUCAUUCUUGUAGAGGUUUACACAUUUAAGUCUAUUUAUAAUAGGAGGGAUGAGUGAUCUCCAUGGCUUUCCUAACUUCUUUUGAGGAUUUCCUUGUCACUAAAGGUGAGAUGUUUAUGAGGUUAUUCUAGUUUUGUGAUCACUUGGGUGUCAUAGUAUCGUUAAUGGCUUUCAUUCCCAAUGUGAAACUAUAUGCUCACUCACCCUCUACAAUUCUUCCAACUUGGGGUGGGGGGUUACUGCCUGUGUAUCUGCCCAUCUGGUCUCCAGUUGGUAGAAUUGCCUUUCUGUACUGCCAUUUCUCAGCAUCUUUGAAAUUUGACAUAAUGUUGCUUCAUUCCAGUUGGUUUUUUUUAAGUUCUGUAAUUUGUUGAUUGUAUUUAACUAUGUGAGUUUUGUUGUUAUGUUUACUGUAUUGUAAAGCACCUCAAAUUAUGUGAUGGGUGCUCUAUAAAUCAAUAAAUGAUGACUUAGAGGCUG